AUGGUUGAUAUGAUACAGUGUGGUGUUAAUACAGGUUGUCAACCCAUCAUCGGAAUGUUAGCAAACCAAGAUUUGAAACCUAUUUUCCUCUUCCCAUCCAGUGCAUUGGAUAAAAAAUUCUCAUGUGAUGAUCAGCUGACCUGGAAAGCAAUGACAUGGGUUGAUGACAUGAUAUUUCUUCUAUUGAUACUAUUGUCUAUCACGUUCGUUUCGGAAAUGGUGACAGAGAGGAGUAUGACAACGACAGUGAUGUUUUCAUUUCCCACGCUGCAACCAAUAGAGCAAGUUCUGUUUAUCGGACAUCGGCUUCACGACUACAGAGAUCACAAUCCUACCAGGAGAAAAGAUUCUAUUCGCACAGAACCAACCAAGAGGUGGUCGUCAAGGUCUAUCGGGUAUGUGAAAGCCUUAGGUUUUCGUCCACUGGAGUCAGUUUCUACUCGCUACGGCGUUCCUCAUUUCGCCCUGAAGGUCACAGAAGCGUUGACACAUUGUCCAGGUUCGCGCGCGACUUCUGGAUCAGCCAACGUAGCCUCCCCGAUCCGUAUCCCGCCCGCUCUGCGGCGCGGUCGCCUUCCGCCACGCCCUACAUCGGCAGGCAAAGGCGGCUACGAGCGGCGACCGCGUCCCAUUGACGACGGCGCCCGCCGCCGCCGCCACCGCCGCCGCCGCCGCCGCCGGGGGCGCUGCGUCGGCGCGCGGCGUCGCGGCCGGCUGGCGCGCGCGGGCGGCGGCGACGGCGGCGGCAGUGGCGCGCGCGCCGGGCGUCGCGCCAGGCAACACACCCCUCAAGCCGACGCCGGCGCAGCCGAGCGCGCCAGCGAGCCGCAGCGGCGCGACUGCGGAGCGCAUGAGGACGAGGGACGCGAGGAGGAGGACGAAGAGCGAGGACGCAGCCCGGGGCGCAUGACGUCGCCGGCGCAGCGCCGCGGCCGCCCCCGCCCCGCCCAGGCCGUCGUCGCGGUCGUGGUGCUCGCCGUGGCAGACGUUUUCAUCCGCAAACCAUUUCCGGAGCAUCGGCUAUUUUCCGUUACUCUCCCUUUCAUUUUCCUGCUUUCAAGUUUUAACCAGACGUCGAUCGGGUCGUUGACCCGCGGAUGGCAGAUGGUGAAGACGUGCCUAUUUCCUCUAGCAGACGCCUCCACCCCCCCCCCCAUCACCCUUGCUCGUCGUGCCGUCCGUUUCGCUUCCGUUGCCUUCCGCCGCCCACACCUACGUCUCUACCCCUCCUCCUCCUGCUUUCUCCGCAUCGUAGCCCCCGCCGUUUCCGCAGUUGCCGCCUCAUCGCGGCUAUUACCGCCG